UUGGAAAAUGAGACUUUUUAUAACAUUUUCACUAUUUUUAACUUUAAUUUAUGGAAUUUUCGGGCAAAGUUUGGAUCCGAUGGAGCCUCCAUCUCUUAUGGAAAACAAGACCAUCCAACUUUUCGGGAAUAUUACGGGCGGCCCAAUCGAAUUACACUCACAAACGGGAUCCCGUCGACGUCGUGACACUGUAGAAAAUGCCGGAAAAUCUGCUUGGGACACUGCCGGAGAUGUGGGUAAAUCUGUUAUUGAUACCGUUGAAAACGCCGGAGCAGCUGUCAAGAAUGGAGCAAGUGAUUUGGACGAAAAACUUAUGGGAUCUGGAUAAAUAUUGAUUGGAAUUGUAAAAAAAAAUAAUUUAUUCGAGGAAAAAAUCAAUAAAAAUUGAAUUUGAAA